GUUUUGAAACAUCAGUACUGAGCUCGCUCUCGUCCCGUACAGACGUACUCCACUCGUGUUCUCGCACUCCAUUCACUUACACCGUCACAAUGGCUGAUGCUGAAGCUGCACCCGCUGCCCCUGCCGCCGCCCCCAAGAAGGCUGCCAAGGCUAAGAAACCCGCUGCCAAGCCCGUGCACCCAACCUAUGCCGUGAUGAUUGCUGCCGCCCUGAAGGCUCUGAAGGACCGCAAGGGAUCAUCCCGCCAAGCCGUGUUGAAGCACAUCCUUGCCAACUACAAGGUAGGAGAUGAGAAGAAGGCCGGUGUCCGCCUUAGGUUGGCUCUGAAGAAGGGAGUUGCCUCUGGUGCCUUGAAGCAGGUGAAGGGAGCCGGAGCCUCUGGUUCAUUCAAGAUCGCUGAGGACGCUAAACCAAAGGUCGCCAAGAAGCCCAAGGCCGCCAAGAAACCCGCUGCCAAGAAGGCCGCCAAGAAGCCAGCUGCCAAGAAGGUCGCUAAGAAGCCCAAAGCCGCCAAGAAGCCAGCUGCCAAGAAGGCCGCCAAAAAGCCCGCUGCUAAGAAGCCAGCAGCAAAGAAGCCCGCUGCCAAGAAAGCCGCCAAGAAACCAGCAGCAAAGAAGCCUGCAGCUAAGAAGGCCGCCAAGAAGCCCGCAAAGAAGUAAAGAUCUUUCAUUGUGUCGACCGUUGACGAACUUGCCGAAUGGACCACGAGAUGAGAAUCGAGACUGCUGAGAGAACUAGACGAUAUCGCCAGUUACCUGAAUCCCUUUGCUUCUCUCAAGAAGCCCAAUUUUAGAUUUUUAAUCUUAUCUUGUGUAAAGAUAUUCACGUACAAAUUUAUAAAUGUAUAUCAUGUAAAUAUAUUUAUUUUUCGUAA